AUGGAUGCUGCUCAAGAAGAAGCUGAAAUUGCAAAGCUGAAAAUCGAGAUUGCAAAAUUGAAAAAAGAGCUUGCCGCACUUCGCUUCGCAGAAAUGGCUAGAAGUUUCCAGACGUCCGAAGUUCAAGAUCCGAUUUUGGAAAAUCAGAGAAUUCGAGAAGAGGAAGAGGCUCGAUUGGCGGAGGUGGAAAGAGCCAAAAAUCAAUGGAGAUGUGAUAUUAUGUGA